UUGAUUAAUCCCCGCAACCUCGACAACCCCGAAGAGAACGAGCACGCCUACAUAAUAACCGCCGGUACUAGGAAUCAUGUUUGAUGAGAAUAAAGCCGACAUGAAGAAACGCCAUCUCGACUCCGAUGGCAAGGGCCGUCGCCUCCCUCUCCACAAGGGCUGGCUCGUCACCAUCUCCGCUGCCUUUCUCUUCACCGCCACCCUCCUCCUCCUCCUCCUCCUCACGGCCACGCCCCUCGUCCCCGGGAGGAGCGCCGCCACCGCCGUCUCGCUCCUCGGCAGGGGCGGCAGCGUCUCCUCGAGCCAGGUCACGACGCCGACGCAGCUCCAGGCCAUCCUCCACUACGCCACGUCCAGGGUGGUCCCGCAGCAAUCCCUCGCGGAGAUCAGCCUCUGCUUCAACGUCCUCCGGGAGGCCGCCCCUUGCAACUUCCUCGUCUUCGGCCUCGGCCACGACUCCCUCAUGUGGGCCGCCCUCAACCCGCGCGGCACCACCGUGUUCCUCGAGGAGGGCGAGUCGUGGAUCCGGUCCGUAAUCACGAAGGCCCCGUCCCUGCACGCGUUCCACGUGCAUUACCCGACCCGGCUCGCCGAGGCCAACGAGCUCCUGGCCACGUACAGGGACGAGCGGGACUGCAUGCCCGGGCAUGCAGGGAUGGGGGGAGAGAGCCGGUGCCGGCUGGCCCUCCCGGGGCUGCCGGAGGAGGUGCGGGAAAAGCAGUGGGACGUGAUCAUGAUCGACGCGCCCAGGGGGUACUUCGCGGAGGCGCCGGGGAGGAUGGGGGCGAUAUUCACGGCGGCGGUGAUGGCGAGGGGGCGGACGGGGGAGGGGGUGACGCACGUGUUCCUGCACGACGUGAACCGGCGGGUGGAGCGGGCGUACGCGAAGGAGUUCCUGUGCAUGAAGAACAAGGUGGAGGGUGUGGGGAGGCUCUGGCAUUUCGAGAUCCCCCCGUCCAGUAACGUGAACGCUACUCGAUUCUGCUGAGGAACGACGUCUUUGAUUAUCCUCUUUUUUUUGUCCAGCUUAUGUAACGUGAAAGUUACACCAUAUCCUUUUUUCUUUUUCUUUUUCUUUUUUUGGGUAUGGCACCAUUUCCCGUUGAGUUCGUGCAGAAAAAAUUGGAAAAAAAAAAUGUAAAAGAGAGAGAAGCGUGUGGAGAGUGGGAUUUGAACCCACGCCCUUUCGGACCAGAACCUUAAUCUGGCGCCUUAGACCAACUCGGCCAUCUCCACGUCGCCGACAGCGACUUUUCAUUUUCUAUGAAAUCGUUUGACAUUUCGCUC